AUGCCCCUGUCCCUGGGAGCCGAGAUGUGGGGGCCUGAAGCCUGGUUGCUGCUGCUGCUGCUGGCAUCAUCUCCAGGUCAGUGCCCCGCGGGUGAGCUGGAGACCUCAGAGGUGGUGACCGUGGUGCUGGGCCAGGACGCAAAGCUGCCCUGCUUCUAUCGAGGGGACCCCGAAGAGCAGGUGGGGCAGGUGGCCUGGGCGCGGGUGGACGCGGGCGAGGGCGCCCAGGAGCUGGCGCUGCUGCACUCCAAAUACGGGCUGCAUGUGAACUCUGCCUACGAGGGCCGUGUGGAACAGCCGCCACCCCCACGGAACCCCCUGGACGGCUCCGUGAUCCUGCGCAACGCGGUACAGGCGGACGAGGGCGAGUACGAGUGCCACGUCAGCACCUUCCCCGCGGGCAGCUUCCAGGCCCGUCUGCAGCUCCGGGUGCUGGUGCCUCCCCUGCCCUCACUGAAUCCUGGUCCAGCGCUAGAAGAAGGCCAGGGCCUAACACUGGCAGCCUCCUGCACAGCUGAAGGCAGCCCAGCCCCCAGUGUGACCUGGGACACAGAGGUCAAAGGCACAGCAUCCAGCCGCUCCUUCAAGUACUCCCGCUCUGCCGCUGUGACUUCAGAAUUCCGCCUAGUGCCAAGCCGCAGCAUGAAUGGACAGCCACUUACUUGUGUGGUGUCCCACCCUGGCCUGCUCCAGGACCAAAGGAUCACCCACAUCCUUCAAGUGGCCUUCCUUGCUGAGGCCUCUGUGAGGGGCCUUGAAGACCAAAAGCUGUGGCACGUUGGCAGAGAAGGAGCCACGCUCAAGUGUCUGAGUGAAGGGCAACCCCCUCCCUCAUACAACUGGACACGGCUGGAUGGGCCUCUGCCCAGUGGAGUUCGUGUGGAAGGGGACACUCUGGGCUUUCCACCGCUGACCACUGAGCACAGUGGUGUCUAUGUCUGUCACGUCAGCAAUGAGCUCUCCUCAAGGGAUUCUCAGGUCACUGUGGAUGUUCUUGACCCUCAGGAGGACUCAGGGAAACAGGUGGACCUAGUGUCAGCCUCGGUGGUGGUGGUGGGUGUGAUCGCCGCGCUCUUGUUCUGCCUUCUGGUGAUAGUGGUGGUGCUCAUGUCCCGGUACCAUCGACGCAAAGCUCAGCAGAUGACCCAGAAAUAUGAGGAGGAGCUGACACUGACCAGGGAGAACUCUAUCCGGAGGCUACAUUCCCAUCACACGGACCCCAGGAACCAGCCGGAGGAGAGUGUAGGGCUGAGAGCCGAGGGCCACCCUGAUAGUCUCAAGGACAACAGUAGCUGCUCUGUGAUGAGUGAAGAACCAGAGGGCCGAAGUUACUCCACAUUGACUACAGUGAGAGAGAUCGAAACACAGACUGAACUGCUGUCCCCAGGCUCUGGGAGGACAGAGGAGGAGGAAGAUCAGGAUGAAGGCAUCAAGCAGGCCAUGAACCAUUUUGUCCAGGAGAAUGGGACCCUGCGAGCCAAACCCACGGGGAAUGGCAUCUACAUCAAUGGGCGGGGACACCUGGUCUGACCCAGGCCUUCCCCGCUCCCUUAGGCCUGGAUCCUUCUGCCCAUAUAGGGGAUUUCAGCUCAUCAUAGGGGCCUCCCUAAAUGACCCCAUCUCUUGAGGAAGAUGCUCCCCACCCCACUGACUGCUCAACCUUU